CAUCGUCGUCGAUAGAAUAGUUACACUGGCCACUGGUGCACCGAAUUACUCUCCCCAAUCGGACUCGUCCACAUCCUUACUACGGUCUAACGACUGGACACGCGGCAAACACAGCGAUCACGCAGGACGCUUCUCUGCUAGUCUCCUCUCCCCAGAUUCACGUACGAGAGACGAACCCCAUCUCCUUUCAAAGACACCCCGUCUAGGACCGACUCGAUCUCACGAUGGAGGACGCCAACAUGGAGGAUGCACCUCUGCAGAUCGAAUCUGGACCGCAUGAUAUCGAUAUGGAAGCCGCUGUUCAGAGCGACCCGUUCGAACUUUUGAUGAAGGCUUUGCCCGACGACCUAGAUCCCGAGACCCUUAAGAAGCCUCUAGCACGCUCGACCGCGGAGUGCGAACCUUUGAUCGGGGGUUUUCACGUGCUGGCAGAGCUGUCGUACACAAAAGCACUCCUUGCAGCGGCCCAUUUCAAAAUUGACCAAUACAGAGGGAAAUAUACAACCCUACCAGACGGGUGUGGAAUCUGGGAACCGCUCAUGGAUGUCGCCGGCUUUAACAAUUGGGCACCACUGAGAAAGGUCAUCAAGAUUCGCGAGUCACCUGGAUCCACCAUUGCUUUCUGGUUGAGCGAAUUGAAAAAGGACCCCUACGUCCCAAACCAACCGAUCGAAGUAGCCAAGAAUCAACAGAGUCGUAUCGAACAUGAUUUCGCGCAAACGUUCUUAGGCCAGGGAGUCGUGUACCUUCAUGGUCACAUCGUUGCGUUGGGAAAGACUUUCAGAUACGAGACGCACUACGCUCCGAUAGUACCCAUCAUCCAAUCGUCCGGCAGUGGGAAGUCAAAAACCGCCCUCGAACUCGCGCGUCUGGAGCUCGGAUUCUUCACUUGCGUCAGGGAGGAGCCUAAAGACGAUCAUCCCGUGUCAGAGCCGAAACGCGACGACACGGUUGCAUUGUGGCUGACUCCCUUCAACGGCGCCAAUAAAAGUCCGAAACUAGACCAGGCCAGUACGAAAACAGACCUCGCUUACAAGCAGGCUGAUCGCGUUGCCAUAUGGCUCAUGUGCUUCGCCGACGAGUUUGCGAAGUAUCUCACGGGAAAGUGGUUCAAGAUGUUCCAUCAGGACAUCACUACACCCGUCGACAUAUCGCAACCCGAAAUGGCUGACCGAUGGAAAGAAUUCAAGUCGGCUGUUGCCAAAGACAUGUCGCCUCUUUCGAUGGGCGAGAGAGGCUCGGUAUCCGCGAGGCGCCAGACGCUUCUCGAGUCGAUAAAUGCGAAUUGCGAAAAGGCUCUGGAAGAGGCCGUGAGGCCCAAGGUCGAGCAAGCUUCGGCGACCACGAGUUACCGACAUCAUUCCAUGCUUCGUGAUCUUGUUCUCAAGGCGGGGACCUCUUGGAAAGCCCUGGAAAGCAUUCUUCCUGUCAAUAGUACCGACUUCAUACACUUGACUAUCGACGAAUGCGGGCAGAUGGGGAGUGAUCAGUUGACAUCUCUUCGAUCACACUUCAACUCGAUGAAGCUUUCUCGCAGCUGGGUCCUACUGUUGGAUACCAACACGCAGAUCUCCAGGCUGGCCGGCAGUGAAGCGUUGAGUUCAUCCGCGCGGCCGAUGCGCGGUGCCUUGAAGCUUUGCGAGCCGUUCUCAUUCCUACCACAAGAUUUAGGAAUGAUCGCCAAGCGCAAGGCAUAUAUGGACAUUUGCGAAGGCAGAGAUCGUUCGAAGCUUGACAGCGACAUGAAGGAAUAUCUCCCCUUGAUGGGUCGUCCUUUAUGGGCGGACUCGUGGCUUCAGAGGAGCGAGACGGGUGGGCUCGUCUACGCUGGCGUAGACCUGACGCGCGUCUUCUUGAAGCUCACAAAAGUCGCCAAAAAGGGAGCAACGCCUGUGGAAGAUAGUGAACAGAUCAUUGCACUCUUCACACAAAGGUUUCCGUUGGCAAUUCCUGGCUUUCACGGGGUGGUCUCUCAUAGGAAAUUUGCGGAGAGUCUUGUUGAAAAUCAUCUACGCCGCUUAGAAAAGGUUCUGCCACGGGAAGGCGCCAUCAUAACGAAUACCCCAUCGGAACCGAUUCUCAGUCUAGCAGCGACUCACGAGACAAGGCAGCAUCCACGACAUUAUUGGAGGAACGCCAUCAAAGCUAUUCACCACGGCGUGGAUCAAUUCCAGAUCGAUGUUGGAAUGUCGGGAGAGGAAUUCGCCCUCAUGAUGCUCUCGGCUGCCGCUGACGGUGCAGCUACAAAGUGGCAAAACCAGCACGACACCGUCGAUACUCUCAAGCCGAUCAGAUUGUCCAUCUGGCUAAAAGCACUGUUUCAUCGGUUGAACGACGAGCAACUCGCGCCCGGUUUCAAGGAAUUGCUAGUCUGGGCCGAUGACUACUUUGUCAACUUCACCCAGUUCGUGACGAUGAGCCGGGUCGCUACCGACGGCGACCAUCUACCUCACUGCGAUAUGGUGCAAGCCUGGGUCCGACGCGCAGCGAUCCGCGGUGCGCCGAGGCAAGCUGGUUGGGACCUGGCUGUGCCCAUUUAUUACCAAUUCGACCCGAACGCGCCCUUUGACGCCAGGAGGAUCAUAUACCUCGUCAUCCAAGUCAAGAAUACGGUCAACCCCAGUUCCUCGAAGUGGCAAUGCGAUUUCGCAACCGGAUUGAAAUCGUUCUCGGGAGAGGCCCUAAUGGCUCAUCGACGCCUCUUCAUCUGGCUCGACCUGAAUCCAGGCGGCAAUGAAUCCCUCGAUAUCCGACCGGAUCCCCGUAUGCCCGGCACUAGUAUGCAGACUCGAUCUCCCGUCACCUCUGAGCCCGACUUUCACCUCUACGUUGCCGGUCACAGCGAAAACGUCUAUGAACCGUUGCGUUUCCUUGAGGAGGCGUUCGAGACGCCGGGCGAGAUGUCGUUGGCCGCGGCUCGAAUGGGUGCUCUCAUUGGUUCCAUGCGAGCUUACGGCUCUGGUCCUUUCGACAAAUCUGGCCUCGAUGAGGAACUCCUCAAGCAAGAUCAAGCUUUCUUUAGAGGUUCCUUCCCGGCGUCCGCUGCAUAGCCCAACUAACUAGACGCGCUUCGACUCUGGGGUGACGCGAAGAAUCAGAUUCACCAUCGAAACACACACACAAAGCUAUGCAUGCACUUGUAUUACUAAUCGGCUGUACAACAGAUCCGCCUGAUAUGUCACACCAUACAUCUAUACCCGUCCUCCCUUCCGUGUCUCCUUGUCUUCCAAUGAUUUCCCUGUCGACAUGCUCUACGCUCUAUGCUUUAUGCUCCUGCGGGCAAGACGCUCCC